AUGGCGAUAGUGAGUUCUAAACUUAUUCGGGACCACUGUGUUGAAGAGUUCAAGGAGCGCAAAGAUUCACUGCGCAACCCUUCUUAUCUGCCACAAGAUGCGUCCCUCCAGGUAAUGAGGAAGGACCUAGUCAAGGCGACGAUAGAAAAGUAUGUUCGCUAUUCAAACAGCCAACAACGAGACAAUCUCCUAGAAUAUGCACGCAAAAAUCCUCAUGUCUUUCUCACGCUUGCUUCUUCCCGGCUCGUGAAGAAGAUCAAAACCUUGUGGGAGGCGCAAGUCAAGGACUGUCAUCUUCCGGUACGACUGCAAUACGACGAGACGACAGAUCGCCGGCAGAUGGUUUCAUUGGAAGAUCCUGCAGAGGAAGCGAAUCUGUCGCCGAAUGCCUUCGUUGAAGGUGACGACGAAGAAGAUGAGAGCAAAUGGGAUUUGGCGGACCUGACACACUUCGUUACGGAGCAGUGGCGGUUCUACGCUGUCGUCUUUGACAACAGGCGAUUCCUCUACGAAGGCCUUUCCGAUAAGCGGCCGCUCCCAUUCAUCGAGAUAUCAGCAGGCGCUGCUGGAAGUGGUAAUUUUGGCAAAGUAUUCAAGGUUGGGCUGAGGAGGGAGCAUGUGGUACCGAACCAUACAGACUUCCAGUACUUGCGCCUGAUUCAGGGCCCUGGCAACUCCAAACAGGUUCUAGAGGUCGCUGUCAAGCAGCUGCAAAGAGUGAAUGGCGCCUCGGAUGAGGAACUUCUAAAUUUCUUCGAGAAGGAAGCGACGACUCUCAAGACAAUGAGAACCCUCGCGGACCCCCAUCUCAUUCAAGCUAUCGCAGUAUAUGAAAGAGGCUCUGAGCGAUGUAUCGUGUUCCCUUGGGCCCCGAACGGCAACCUUCGUCAACUUUGGCUCGGUAAUCUCAACCCCUCCAGCCAGGAGGUUAGGCGAUGGGCUUGGGAUCAAAUCUUGGGACUUACGCGCGGCCUCGCCAGGCUGCAUGAGACGAAUACUCGACACGGAGACCUGAAGCCCGAGAACAUCCUUAGAUUCAAAGGCUCCAGUGGCUCAGCAUGGGGUCCCUUGGUGAUCGCAGACGUGGGUAUUGCGAAGUACCACGCCUUCGAGACUGAGGUGCGAAAGAACAAGAACGAAGCAACCACCAACAGGACCGGAACCCAGAGAUACACACCGCCAGAGAUCGAUGUGCCAGAGAAAGACGAUAACGGCAAGCUACGCCUGAUUUCUCGCAAGUACGACUCUUGGUCACUCGGAUGCGUCCUACUGGAGUUCAUCACCUGGCUGCGACGCGGCCGCAGCGGCUUGGCGAAGCUCGACACGGAACGCCGCCGAGAUGCCAAACCUGACGUCGACCGUUACUGGGAGCAAUAUGGUAACGACCCGCCGAUAUUGCACCCAGGAGUAAGCGGACUCAUCCGUGAGCUCCUCGCAGAUCCAACGCUCCCCGCUGCUUUACGAGACCUAUUGGCGUUGGUGAAGAAGCACCUGCUCGUCGCGUCUCUAAAAAGGCGAUCAUAUGUUGCCACAUUCCUGGAAAGUUUGGAAGGAGUCUCUGAGAACUGUUCUACCACUCCUUCCUACCUGUGGGAUGACGCGAUGGAGGCACUGACCGAGUCCAGGGAACCCACGGCCGAGGUAGCCCACGCCGACAUUUUUCCAAUCUCUCAACGAUACGUGAGUUUUCGCCUUGCCGAGCAGUUCAGCUUGCUUAAAUCCUUCGUGCACCACUGCGAUACAAGGCACGACUGCAUGAAACCUCCAGAGGAUUCCAAGUCACCAACAGCAUCGCCCACAAGACUGAUCGACGUCGGUACGCACGGAAAGGAGCCCAUCCGGCUGCUCAAAAUCAACCAGAACGAGCAAUGCCGCUAUAUUGCCCUAAGCCACUGCUGGGGCCAAAUGAGCGAUGACCAGCGCUUCUGCACAUACGAAAGCAACCUCAAGCAGCGAACGACAGACAUUCCCUACGACCAGAUGCCAGCGACCUUUAGGGACGCUAUUCGUGUCACGCGUGCAUUGGGCGUCCGCUACCUCUGGAUCGAUUCGCUCUGCAUCAUUCAGAAAAAUGCUGCGGAUUGGAUAACUGAGUCAGGCAAAAUGGAAGAUGUAUUCAACAACGCAUAUUGCACGAUUGCGGCAAGCUCGGCAUCUUCUUCCCUGGCCGGGUUCCUAGGCCCCAGGAAACCCAGGGAUACUAUUAGACUUGCAACUUCUUCGGGGCCCGUCUAUCUGGCGGAGGCUAUUGAUGACUUCGCUACCGACGUCGAGAAGAGUAUCCUCAGCUCGCGCGGGUGGGUCUUCCAAGAGCGAGCUCUAUCUCGGCGUACGAUAUUCUUCACCUCCACGCAAGUCUAUUGGGAAUGCGGCGACGGAGUUAUCUGUGAGACACUAGCUCAGCUGCGAAACCCGCAGUCACAUUUCCUCGGCGACAGCAACUUCCCCCUCUUCGCCCUGCAGUUCUAUAAAGACGAGCGAACCCGGCUCCUGCAGCACUUCUAUACAACCUAUUCAGCCCUGGCCCUGUCAAGGGAGUCCGAUCGCCCACGGGCCAUCGCGGGGUUGCAGCGGCGCAUCGCCCGUGUCUUUAACUCGGACGUUGACCACGGGGUUUUCUGGCGCUGGCCGGCGAGGACCCUUCUUUGGUGUGCUGCGCAGCCGGGCUUGCUUGCCAGCAUUCGGUACGAUGACGACGAAGGCGCGAAGCCACCAUCCUGGUCUUGGAUGGCGUACAGCGGCCGUAUAGCCUUCUUGGACAUCGACUUCGGUGGCGUUGAGUGGACGGAGUAUGGGCGUGGGCCUCCUGAUGCUCCGAAUUGGGCCCUGAAUAUGAAAGCGAGGGAGUUGCGGGUGGACAGUGCUAUGUUGAAAAAGAGAGCGGUGCUUGAUACAGAGUCUCCAGGGGCACUCGACGACUCGUGGAGAUGUGUUGUGCUGGGCAAGGAGAACAUGGGCAGAGAUGGGAACGAUGAUGCCUACUAUGUUCUGUUGAUUCGUCCUGUCACCCGUCGCUCUUCAUCCUUGCAGUCAGAUCAGCUGGAGGAAUAUUUUGAGCGUGUUGGUGUAGCGACUCUGUUGGGCUCAAAUCUGUUAGCGGACGAGAAGCCAGUUUUCCUAGUUUAA